ACUAAUGUUUUCCAUCCAACGCUUUUAUUUCUCUCUCCCUAAUCAAAUCUAAAUCUCCACCGUUAGAUCAGAUCCAUCAUUCUUCCUUAACACAUCCUCAUCCCCCACAACUCCUUUUUCUACUUCCAGAUCUAAACACCAACCCACUCAUACUUAACACUUUCUCGUAUCUCUCUCUCUCUCUCUCUCUCUGUGAUUUUUGUUCCGGUUUUAGAGAGAGAAAGUUUGAGCAAGAAAAUUCCAAAUUUGCCCUUGAUCAAUGGUUGAGGCACAGACAUGGACAACACGGAGAAUGAGCAACCCGAGGUUAUCGGAUUCAACGGUGGAUCAUCAACUCUUGGAUAUGCCGGCAACUCCGCCCGGUGAUGUACGUAACAGCAACGUUGGAUCGUUUUCGUACGUUUCUCCAACUGCUUUAACGGCUCUGACUAUCGCAUCAUGGUACUUUUCAAACAUUGGGGUGCUUCUCCUCAACAAGUACUUACUCAGCUUCUACGGUUUCCGUUACCCAAUCUUUCUUACAAUGAUUCAUAUGAUAGCUUGUGCUAUUUAUAGUUAUGUGGCAAUAAACUUUCUUGAGCUGGUUCCGCUACAGCAUAUUUUAUCUAGAAAACAGUUUAUGAAAAUCUUUGCAUUGAGUGCCAUCUUUUGUUUCUCUGUUGUGUGCGGCAACACUUCACUUAGGUACAUACCUGUUUCGUUUAAUCAAGCCAUUGGUGCUACGACGCCGUUUUUCACCGCAAUUUUUGCUUUUUUGAUUACUUGCAAGAAGGAAUCUGCCGAAGUUUAUUGUGCUUUGAUGCCUGUUGUGUUUGGCAUAGUUUUGGCUAGUAACAGUGAACCCUUGUUUCAUUUAUUCGGAUUUUUGGUUUGUAUUGGAUCUACAGCUGGGCGUGCUUUAAAAUCUGUGGUUCAAGGGAUUUUGUUAACAUCAGAAGCUGAGAAAUUGCAUUCAAUGAAUUUGUUACUUUAUAUGGCACCCAUGGCUGCUAUGAUCUUGCUUCCAUUUACACUUUAUAUAGAAGGGAAUGUGGCUUCCAUUACAUUGGAGAAAGCUAGAGGAGAUCCGUAUAUUGUUUUCUUGUUAAUUGGGAAUGCUACGGUGGCUUAUUUGGUGAAUUUGACAAAUUUUUUGGUCACAAAGCAUACAAGUGCAUUAACUUUGCAGGUACUUGGCAAUGCCAAGGCGGCUGUUGCGGCAGUUGUUUCAGUCUUGAUUUUUAGAAAUCCGGUGACAGUUAUGGGAAUUACUGGAUUUGCUGUAACAAUCAUGGGUGUGGUGCUUUACAGUGAGGCAAAGAAGAGAUCUAAAGUCACAACUCAUUGAUGCUAAGUGAAUAAUGUUUCAUUUUGGAUUUCAUAAACACGGGUGCGCCUCCUUUUUACUUUAUUCCUUGCUUUAAAGCUUUAUUUUUUCUAUUUUCAUUAGAUUUUGAUGGAAGGGAAGAAGAGGAUUGGGUUAAAGAAAUGGGUUUUGAUUGUAUAGAUAUAUGCUCUUUUUCUCUUUUGGGGGUGGUUUAAGAGAAUAAAUUCUCUCUCACUUUCCCCUGUGUGUAACCUUAUGUCAUUGUUUGAUGCACUUUGAACACAAACCAGACUCAUUCACAUAUUCACAGCAAUGUGAUUUAUUUGGGAGAAAAAGUUCUCCCAUUCAUUUUUUUUCAAUACAUCCCUAUUUGUUCCA